UCUUUCCCUCUCUAUAAUCCACCCAACUUAAUGGUUUCGUCACGUUUCCCCCCACAGCCUAGAUAUGUAGGCUAUUUUUGUUUUCAAGUGCUUGUCCAACUGAAUCCUUGCACCGACCCGUUGUUCUUGGCUCCAACGUAGUUCAAGGAAUGACUGAAAGCACCCAAACCACGCGAACUGCGGAUUUGGCACGUCCUACUGCCCCAGCACAUGCAGAUCGGACAACUACUAAGUCACAACAAAGCUUAGUGCUGAACAGAACCCCACUAUCAUCCCCACCCAACGUCACUUCUGGCCAAGGACCGUCCCCUUUCCAACAGUACCAACAGGAAACCAACAAAGUGGGGGAGUCCACAUCCACAUCUGAUAAUACGACCCACUACACCGGAAAUUCACCUGGUGGGACUAGAUUGCGGAGCUUGUCCACCAUCACUACACACUGUCGGUCAACUAGCUUUGUGAACCCACAGAAGUCGAGUAGUUCGACGUCUCCUACUGAUAUAGCUCACUGGACCAAUAGCCUCGUGCACUACACCCCUGUUCCCCCACCCCGACCGAAACAACCGCUGAUCAUAUACCAACCGUAUGCUAUGCCUAUCUUUCUAUGACAACUGCAGCAUUGUCUGAUACUUUGGUACCCAUUAAGGAUCGAUCCUGAGCCACCAUCCCUACCUCCAUUGGUGCUGGUACGGAUUUUUACUAGUGACAGUAUCUACUAACACA